CACCGCCGCCGCCGCCGCCGCGACUACCGUAACACUGCGAUCGUGAUACUUCUGUCGUCGGGGUGCGCGCCGCGCGGGCUUGUGUGUACGAUGGAGCUGCGUGUUGGUAACAAGUACCGGCUAGGACGGAAAAUCGGGAGCGGCUCCUUCGGCGACAUUUACCUAGGUACCAAUAUUUCUACGGGUGAGGAGGUCGCUAUCAAGUUAGAAUGCAUAAAAACACGGCAUCCGCAGCUGCACAUAGAGUCCAAGUUUUACAAGAUGAUGCAAGGAGGUGUUGGGAUUCCAACCAUAAAAUGGUGUGGUUCGGAAGGUGACUAUAACGUGAUGGUGAUGGAGUUACUUGGACCAUCACUAGAAGAUUUAUUUAAUUUUUGUUCGAGACGUUUUUCUUUGAAAACAGUCCUGCUCCUUGCCGAUCAAUUGAUAAGUAGAACAGAUUACAUUCACAGUCGCAACUUCAUUCAUCGUGAUAUUAAGCCAGACAACUUUCUGAUGGGUCUGGGAAAGAAGGGAAACCUCGUCUACAUUAUAGAUUUCGGAUUGGCUAAAAAAUAUCGCGAUGGGCGCACACACAAGCACAUACCCUAUCGAGAAAACAAGAAUCUGACGGGAACGGCUAGAUACGCAAGUAUAAAUACGCAUUUGGGGAUCGAGCAGUCACGACGAGACGAUCUUGAAUCUCUGGGCUAUGUCCUCAUGUACUUUAAUAGGGGUAGUUUACCUUGGCAGGGAUUAAAAGCGGCAACCAAGAGACAAAAGUACGAACGCAUUUCCGAAAAGAAAAUGUCCACUCCUGUAGAAGAACUUUGCAAAGGUUAUCCUGUGGAGUUCGCAUCGUAUUUAAGGUACUGUCGAGACUUACGCUUUGAGGAGAGGCCAGAUUAUUCGCAUCUCCGACAACUUUUCCGAACACUAUUCCACGGUCAGGGCUUUACCUACGACUACGUCUUCGACUGGAAUAUGUUGAAGUUUGGUAACGCGAGACAACCGACGUUACCUUCCGCGCAGCAAGCACCCAUGCACUCGCAACCGUCUAAUGCGGCAUUACCUUCCGGGACCAAUAACGAUCAGGAACAUCGAUCAAGACCCUACACGCGGCAAUGUUUGCCGAACGCGUCCGUAGCGACGGUAGGCCCAACGCUUGGACCGAACGCUAGUCUGCGAGCGAUCCGGCAGAAACGCGAGAUGGAGACUCGUGGCGACCAGGACAAUCAGGACAAGAGUGAUCUUCAAGCAUCGGGUGCGGGUGGACAGGAGCGAAGGGUCAGCAUGCGGUUGCACCGUAGGGAUACGCUACUAGCUGCUGCAGGAGAAAUGCAGCCCAAGUCCAAGUAACCGAAAGCUAUCGCACUAAUUCUAAAUGACAAAAAUAGACAAAGAGGGAACGAAAUUCUCUCCUGUGCCACGGUAGAGGACGCCGAUCAUGAAAAACUCUGAUCAUGGGGAAAACUUUCAUCGCGUGCGAGCCUUCUCUCAGAGUUCAUUCCUCCUCACGAGCACAUGUCGGUAUCAUCAACUUAUUCACGCCGUUAAGAAUCCUGAACGCGAGCGAACGAGAGAACUUUGCGAGUAUUAGUAUAAUUUAGCGGGGAAACGAAGAGAACCCACAAGUGAUUCUUGCGUCACAUCUUCAUUCGAUAAUAUCUCUCGACCGUAAAUAGUGUCGAAAAAAAAAGGAUUAAUAUAUGUCGGAGCAAAAAAAAAACGACAUGCUGAGAAGGAAGAACAACGAAUAUUUUAAUGAAGUUUGUUUCUUCAGAGACUUGCCAUUAACAUUUAUACAUUUGUAUCCUCACUAAAACUGCAUUGCAUUUUAUCAUGAAGAACAAUUAAUUAAUUUUAUUCAGUUUACACCAUUAUCUCGUGCAAAUGCCGAAGUCGAUCUCACAAUUUACGAAAUCGGACGAGACGAAAAGGGGGAGCCGAGAGUAGGGGCGAAAUUGGGGGAGGCUAGAUGUAACGAACGAGAGAAGGAGCGCCGGAAAAGAGAAAAUAGGAAAGAAAAAAAAGUGAGAGAGGAGAAAACCUUUAGCUCAUUUAUGUGAUGAAGACGGGUGGCGCGCUAAUGUCGCUGUUUUGUGUGUCUUUUGUUUUGGAAGCGCCAAUGCGACGGCAAUCGCCCCACCUACCCUGAUGGUCAGGCGGGCAAGCGUGCAACACAACAAGUGAAUCGGCAGCAGCAUCAAUAGCGGACUCCUCGUCAUCGUAAGAUUCAGCGGCGUCGUCGUUCGUCAGAGGCGGCGAUCGGCGGCGAUCACCGCUGCCCUGCAACGAUGCUUUCCCACCCAUCGCCGCGAGCCGGAAGUGAAUUCGCGCGUGAUAUCGCACGGCCGUCUGGCGAAAACAGGGUGACUGACUUUUCCGUGUUACGAAGACGUCGCGAGGAUCGUCAGUAAGAUAAGACCGGCGCGUGCCGACGGUGGUGCCCACGACGACGGUGGUCCGCGAAAGUGGCGACGGAAACAAUUCCAUGCCGAGUGGACGAAACGAAGACGAGAAAGGAUAGGAAGGGAGAAACGGGUCGUUGGUCCUCGCGGUAAGCGAUAUACGAAAAACGGAAGUACAGAGCGUUGCGGUAAAUUGUAGUAAACGGAGAAUUUGUGACUGGCGACGAAGCAGCAGCCCUCUUAUUGCGAUGACUCUCAUUGCGGUGCGAUUCUCAGGAGACUCGGCAGUAGGUCUCUCCCUGCUGGAAUUUCUCUCGUGCAAUUCUCGGAGCGAAUCCCGUCUGGAAAACAACCCUCUCGACGUUGAGAGAGGGGUGGAUAAACGCCGAACCCCCUUUGCGUCCUCUGCGCGCAGGAUGACGAAGCGCGAUCGUUUCCUCUCUUUUUUUUUCUUUUUUUCCGUGACGAAUCGUAAAUGUACAGUACGCGGUUUCGAUGAUGGAUUCUCGCAGUUGUUCAUAAUAUAUACAUAAUAUACAGUACGAGCGUACUUCGGACAACGUUCACAGUUUUUUUUACCACCACGUAACGCGAACUGUGAUCCGAGCUGUGGCCAGCUUUGCUUUCUCUGAAUUCGAACCACUUGAAUGCCGCAUUCGUAUGUAACAAGUGAAUAAAGUACUCCGGUUACGAGUAAAUAUUUGUCGAGGUUCGUGAUUAUAAUUUGUAAAUCGUUUUCGAAAGGUAAAGCGGCUUUUCACAGAUAGUAACGAAGUACGAGCGCGCGUUUAUAACGGAAGACUGCGACGAUGUAUCCAAGAAUCGCAGUGUUCCGUAUACGUCAUAUAAAUAUAUAUAUAUAUAUAUGUGUGUAUAUAUAUAUAUAUAUUAUAUAUAAAUUUUUCUUAACUGUAAUAGUACAUAUAUUCUAUUCUAUUUGUAAAUUCACGUGUAUCCUGUGACUUCUAAAAGCUUAAAAUUUGUUUAAUGUUACGUAAGUCGAUCUCGGUGAUUUAUGUAAUUGUCUAUUAAUGAAAUUGACUUGACGAGGUUAUCGUUCUCGAUUUUCACACGAGACAGUCACGAGAGAGUCUAAUGUGAUUCCACGCUAUAUUAUCGUGUUCCGCUCUAUUCACGCGAGCCGAAUACGUUUGUAUAAAUGUAGAAUAUUUUUUUGUAUAAGUCCGCAAACGUGUACAUAAACCGGAUGCAUCGAUAAUCGAGAAACCUGACGUGUGUAAAGUUAUCGCGAAUUUUUGCACAAAAUAAAUUUAAAAAAAAAACGAUGUUUUCAAAAGAUACAAACGAGAUGUAGCUCCAUGUUAGUGUGUCGAGAGGAUCAAGUACGAUCGCGAGGAGCGAGGGGGAAGCCAAUAAAUCCAGCCGCGAAAUUAAAAUUUCGCGUAUUCAAACAUCACUGAAACAUAAUAUAUAAAACUCGUGUUCCAAACUCGAGGUGUUGUUGCUUCAGCCAGAACUGAAAUAGACUUCCGGGAAUCAUCUGUGUUUCGUUAUAUUUUCCAAGAGAAUAUAACGAGAAAGAGUCGCAAAGCAUAAAAUUUACGAGUUAUUUUCCGAGAGAACUUUAUCGGAGGUGACGAUAUGAUGUAUGAUCUCUUUUCUUUCGGUCUCGCUGAAGCAAUUUCGCGUCGAUUUGUGGCACGGCGGUAGGACAUCAAAAUCGUCAUUUCGCUAAAAAAAAAAAAAAAUAAAAAGCUCUAGUUAAAACGAUCAUACAGAACGUAGUACAAUGGGCGCGCAAGGAGGAGUAGGAGGAGGCGGCGGGGAGUACGUCUAGUUUUUUAGGAACAAAUCCGUUCGGUUGUGUUUAGAUGAUAAGACGAGGAAGAAGAGAGAAAACACGAUUGCGAGUUUCCGAUUGGAGCGUUUCUAUCUAAUCGGCAUCGAUCGGGCGUACUGUACAAAGUGGAGUAUCGCGCGUGUGACGUGAAUCGCAUAUAUAUACACACACACAUAUACGUACACACAUCGCCGCGGUUCAACCGUGAUACCGUUACCGUAAUCGCGCGUUCCAAAAAGAAGAAAGAGAGAGAGAGAGAGACCUGUAUAGGUGCACCACCGAAACCCCGAAGCCCAGGAAACGGACACGAGAAACCGAACUCGCCCGUCUGAUGACCGACGUGACCUCUCCUCGCGCUCCGCGAACAAACCCUUCGUGCCCUUCCCUUUUGUACGGUAUAACAAAUAUCAAUCGAGAACGUAAGAGCGAGCGAUUUGAAACACCGCGCGCUCGGUUCUGCUCACCGGCCCCCCACAUAUGUUUUCUCAUCAUUUUCAUUUCCUCCGGCGAAUCGACCUCAAGACAGAGACGAGGGGCGCGCGGUAUACAUAUACAUGUAUGAAGAAAGCGAACGUCGGUGAGCAUUGCCGAGGCUUCAUUCUUACUGACGUGUGUAUGUCCCGUGUUUGUAACAGCUGUAUGCAUGUGUCUGUGUCUGUGUGUGCUUGUACGUCGAUUGUGUGCGAAUUUUUGCGCGCGUAAGAGGAAGAGGGAUGAUGGAUCGGGAAGCGAGUGAAGGUACACGCGUGCGUGCGUGCGUGCGUGCAGGCGUGCUCGAAUGAAGGAAAAGGCGCGUCGCAUUUACUCUGACCAGCUCCCGUACUCGUAUCCCGUUAAGUAACGCGUCCUCGUCUACGAAGAUCGCGUCUGCGACCUCGUUUCACUCACGUUGGUCGUCAAAACAGUUACGUAGGCGCAUGCGAACAGAAGGGGACGCGAGUACGGGGGUCGUGACGAAGGGACUUGAAGCGUUCGUGUUACCGAGUUGUAGGAAAUUCAGCAAAGUCCACCCGUUCCCGUCUGCAUCGUCUCCUCGACCUCUCUUGUCCACCACUACCCUCCCCCUCGCUUCGGUUCUCUUCCUGACGUCUUGCACGAUAUAUAUCGUGUACAGGGCACGUUGCAUAUGAAGAAGAGUGGAGAAAACGAGAAAACGUGAUAAAAAGUUAUGCGUAUAGAUAUAUUAUACCGACACCGUGUUUUUCUAUGUAUCUUUUUUCUUUUUUUUUCUUCAUAGGGUACUACUACUAUUAAUACUAUCAUAUUAUUACUAUUACUACUACGACUAUUACCGUUUACAACUACUACUGCUGCUGCUAUUGCUAAUUGUUAUUAUGUUGUAUAAUCGUAUAGUCGAGUCCUGAAAUCGCAGCGAUCCACACUCGGGACGAAGUAAGUCCGCCCGACGAGUGAAGGACGAGGACAAAGCGACGUACCUCCGGAGACGUGUAUGUAUAGCCGCAUAUAUUCCGUUUAUCGCGUCGAACCUCUUUAUUUUCUUUCGCACAGGGUGGGGAGUGUCAAAUCGGCAUCGUGAAGAAAUUAACUGUUUUGAAAGAAUUCGAAUCGUUCUCGCGUCGUUAUCCGCGUUUUACAACAAAAGUUCCGGCCAAUUCGAUAUUGUCACUUCAAAAUCGGGAAAGACGAAGCGAUUAAGGGGCCGCCGUAUUAUUGAAGGAUGGGGUUUCGACAAUGGGCGGUAAACCAGUCUGGUAAAAAAAAAAAUUAUAUACUGAAAUCCUCGAAGUGUCAGUAUGUAAUUUUACGAUAUACUGAGAGAAGUCAAGGUCUGAUUAUUUUUUAAGAAGGGCCACGAUCCGCGACUUGGAUUAUAGCGUCACUGAAUGAAUUUAUCGUUGCUUCAAAAAAUUUAGGGUGACGUGUGGCGUAAUUCACUCUCUCAUAAUCUCCCUUUGUGAUAAAUAGGGAUUGAUUCCACUGUCAUCCCAUAUAAUAUGCCUCAGUUUUGGAAAAUUAUGUUUGAAAGAAACUAUGUGUAAGAGUAAAGCGAGGUGACAAUGACUCUUUCAGAUUCUCGAGCGUCUUAUAAAUAAUAACGGUUGUCUUUGAUCCAACUUCAAUGAUACCUCGCUUGAUCGCUCAAGAAUAAUUCUAUAUAUAUGAUCUGACGUUUCACGUAGUGUAGUUUUGAUAUCUCUACGCAGAAGAUUCCCGCGAAAUAGUUUCUCUCUGUUCUUGUUCUCAUGUACAUAAGUUCGCAGACUCUCGCGGAGAAAUUGUCGGAUAUAUAGGCUCCAGAGCCAAACAUAAAUCAUUUAAUUGCGAUGUUGACUCCGCGUGAAAGCGAUUCUUGUUUGGUAGGUUCGUCCUCGAGGUUCAGCCCACAUAUAUAUUCUCUCGAAACGAUUUUUCGUAAGAUCUCAUCGUUCAGACUCACCGAGAUCGACGAAAAUUGAUAUCGUAUUCCCUGUUAAAGCGCAUCGAACAUUUCUGGAUUAUUUGUAGACUCAAUCUUAGAUUCAUUCCGACCAUUAGUAGUCAGAUCGUGUAACAGCAGCAGCAACAAAAAUAAUUAAUACCACGAUACAGAGAUUAAACCGCGAAAUACCGCGGAUUUCGCGAGAACUGUGAGACAUUUGAAUUUAUACUUGCUAUUUAGUUUUAACUAUUUACAAAAUCGAAGAUAAAACAUCCAUGAUGGAGAUAAUCUUACUGUCGAAUGCUUUUUACCGAUCAAUUUCGCAACACUGUCGUUUGAAGCAUCUCCGUGCAUUAAAACACGUAUUGCACGCUCUAUCUUCUCAAACAUUUUGAAAGAACGCUGACUAGUUUAAUAUUAUUAAUCGUGAAGAUUGGGUUGUUUCCUCGAAGGGGGAGACCUUUUUACGCACUCAGCGACAACUUUACAUAAUAAUUACAUCGCGUGUUAAUCGAGGCUUGAUAUUUCUCCGCCUCGAGUCGUCUCUCUCGCUCGAGCAAAUCUCAUUUGUCGCUCAGGAGGAAGUUUCCCUGGGCCAACAACGUUACGUUAGUUAUCAAACUCUCAUCUCCCUGUACCGAGGGGGAAGCCUCUACAUACUUCACCGUUUAUUGUUUCAACGAAGUCGAAGCUAUAAAUCAUCGCUUUUUAACGCGUGCUUGUAUAAUCUCCCUCCUCUCUGCGCGUCACCCAGAAAUCGUCUUACACGAUUACUCGCUCGCUCAUUACAACGCGACUCGUUAUCGCAAAAAAAAAAAAAAAAACGUAGCGACGAGUCGAAACGAAGCGAAUUUUCGCUAUCGCGUCUCAAAGUGACAUCUCGGUUGCUAGUAAAUAUAUGAAAUUUCAAGCACAAUUACAAUAAAGCGAUAUGACUAUAUUGUAAUUUUGCAUAGUCAUCGGAGAUUCUCUCCGAUUUUCUAUCUAUUUAUGUAUCGAUCGGUAUGUCCAAGAGCACGCGUGCAUUAAAUACGUACUCGAGAUUCUCUGUGCGAGCCGUCGCUUUGAAGGGGAUGAUAAAAACACUGCCAGCGCGAGCGAAAGUUCUUGCGUUUUUUUUUUUUUUUUCGUUUUUGACUGACUAAAGACACACACGUGCGCGAUUCGGAUUCCGCCGCUUUGUCCUCGUGGAUCAAUCGCGAAUUCGUCGAGCAGAAAACCCGAAGUGAUUGAUGCCACCGCGAAGAGGAGCAGCGAUAAUUCCUCCCCGCGUUACGUUUUUUUUCCUCUUUUUUUUUA